GGACCGCGUCAUCCGCAAGUAAAUCACGUGCUGAUUUGUUAUUGUUGUUGACACUGACUCACGUGUUGAUGACUUCCCUUGUAGAAAUAAAUAACAAUGUUUGUCUUCACAUGGAGAAUGAAGAUAUGAAAUGGAAGACAUACAUUUGAAAGGCUUGAGUGGUACCAAGAUGCCUCCUCUGUGGGAGGCGCUCCCCGAGGUGACCCUGGCCAGUAUCUUCAGCUACUUGCACCCACGUGAGAGACUGAAGAUGAAGUAUGUGUGCCAGGCUUGGCACAGGGUGCUGACAGUCCCACAAGUCUGGAAAUACUUCACACAUCUGGGGGACAAUGAAUGCACGGAGUCAAAUCUCAGUCAGGAUGAAAGUUUAAAACUCGACCUGAUAAGCUGCAUUAAUGAUUACGGGCGACAUUUCCGUCAUGUGAAAGUUACUUUCUGUGAUAGCGACUCAUUUGACAUAUUCACAGCAAUCUCUAACGUUUGUUCAAAUAUAGAAAGCAUUGCUCUUUGCAAUGAUGGAAAAAUAGCAUUUCCAAAGGGUUUCCGGUCACUCGUUCAUGACUUUCUUCAGAAGAACAUACACUUGAAAACUGUACAAAUGAGAGGCCUAACCUUUACACCUGCUUCAAAUAAUGAUCCGCUACCCAUUGGACUGCAACAUUGUCAGACUUUACAGAAACUGAGUCUGGUGAAUUCCUUUCCUUCUUACUCCGUGAGCUCUCUGAUGUACCUGGUUCAUCUUCGGGAACUUGCACUGGACUACAACCAUGUCCAUUACAGCCUCAUCAAACAUCUCGCCGGGGCUUCUCUCACAAAGCUCAGCAUCAGACUGCACCCCAAAAAACAGAGACUGAAUAAUCUGAGUGAAGAACAGUGGCAGGAUCUGGCUCGUCACAAGCAACUGCGGGUUUAUUUCCAUGUGAAAGUUCUGGGCGACUUGGAUGAGGAUCUGUUCAAGCCCAGUAUUCCGCUGGUGUCACUAGUGCUGAUGACCUUGACCUCUCUGCAUUACGACAAACUGUGCGAUACUCUUGCCAACUAUGGCAACAUGUUGGAAGAGUUUGUCGAUUACAACGUUCUUGCUCCCAGCUGCUGCCAUGACGAGGAAGAUGUUACUAGCAGUUACGACGCGAGUAUCGUCAAGAUGGUACAAACAUGUCCCAGACUCCGCACUCUUGGAAUGAGGGAUGUACUUUCCAGUAGCACGCUGCUCAUCAUUGUGUUUCUGAAUAAAAAGUUACAAAAUGUCUAUGUACCAGCGGAUAUGGUUAGAUUCAGAUUUCAUGUCCCUGAUAAAAUGCUUGUGCCACAGGAAGCGAUUGACUUCGCACAAGCAAACUGGACGGAGGAAAGAAUGGCUACCGCAGUUUCAAGUUGCCUUGGAAGAGAGUGGAAUCUCAUGUCCAAGAACGAUUAUGUGGAAACGGUUGCCAAGGAGCAUGAUUUAAUUGUUGGGAAGAGGCACAUCUACUUCAUUGACAAUUCAAACAGUUGUUAACCAAAGGUAUUUUGGAUCAACAACUUUAUUACCCACAGGGUUAGAAAUAACUUUUCAUCGGAGCAUGGUUCAUAAUUUGGGGGUGUUCAUCGGAUUUUAAAAAAUAUGUGGUCAAUUCAAUUUCUUAAUGUACAUGAAGGAUGGACACAUCUAUAACAGGAUCAUUUAGGCCUGCAACACAAAAUGUAUCGUAUUAGAAUUUAAGUUUGGGUUCAACUUUAUGUGGCAUGAUUUAAUUGUUGGGAAGAGGCAAAUCUACUUCACUGACAAUUCAAACGGUUGUUAACCAAAGGUUCGCUGAAUCAUUCUGGAUUCUCACCCCUGUACACUAACAUUGAAGUUGCAAUUCCGUCAUCUGGAGAGCUCACUGUACUACUCGUGGACACAGGUUGUUGAAGAGGCACAAUGGAGACGUGGGCUCAAAGUGUGCUCAGGAUGAUCCCAGUAUUGGACUGUGGGGAUUGUGUACGAGUACUGUCAUUGCUUACAUAUUCAGAAUACUGGUAGUUGUAUUCAUUCACUCAAGUAUGUUGUAAGGUAAGGAUCAUGUUUGUUGUUUCAUGCCAUCCCCGUAUGAAGAAACCAGAGGGGAAGUGUUAUAUCGAACUUUCAAACAGACUGAAAAAGUUGAUCAAUGGUCAUUUAUGUUUGUUUAAUGCCUCACUCAGAAAUAUUCCAUGUGGAGGACGGCGAUCUGUGAAUAAUCAAAUCUGGACCUGAUAAUUCUGUGGAUGACAUGAGAAUCGUUCUACGCGAUUGGGAUAUGAUGAUAUGCAUAUAGUCAGUGAGUCCGACCACCCAAUCACAUUAGCGGUGUUGUACAACAAGCUUGGGUUGCCAAGACCAAUUCUAACUCGGAUAAGCAUGGAGGGAAGCAGGAUAUUGAAUGUAUAGCUGUUCAACAUAUGCCGUGCAACAGCAAAACUGCUUCACACAUUUAGACUGCCAGUAGUUGAUUUUCAUCUGGGAUAAUACACAGGUCGUGUCAUCGUGUUUAAUAUUUUAAAACAUUCCUUUUGCUUUUGGAUAGCUCUGUCAGUUUGCUUCCCCAAAAUAUACGCUAUCACUUUACAAGAAGGAAAUUGCAAUAAAUUGUACCAGAAUGAGCAAAAUAAGUGAGCAAAAGUUAAGCACCCCCCAUAACUUCAUAAAUGUAUCUU